UCUGCUUCAGUAUCGCUGGAGAGGGUUAUGGCCGGAUUCACAGCUGCUCACGGGAGACCAGCAGACGAUAACAAACGGGACACAAUAUUAAGAGAGCGCAGGAGUGCAAAUCUGGUGCAGACCCGAGUUAUAACAGCGACUGAAGAUUCAGUUCGCGCUGCGACAUCCAACAGCCUCUUUCACUAAUGAACUUCAAAGCAAGUGUCCGAGAGGAGUGAGCCGCCGUCACCGACGGUCCGCGCCACUGGCAGAGAAUCCUUGCCUUCCCACAGGCCCCGGUCCUGCUGACCAAGUUUUCUACUAUAGUUUGUCCCUCAGAGAAUUCAAAACUGUUUCUCCAACGCUUCUACCAAAAACUGAGACUGUUUUCCAAAGCAGAAGCAGCCCAGCCUCCACAGUUGGAAGCGAUGGGGAGCCUGCGUAGCCACCGUUACAGCAUUGUGUCCUCGGAGGAGGACGGCAUGAAGCUGGCGUCCAUCGCUGUUCCGAAUGGCUACGGGAAUGGCAACGUAAACAAGGGGCACACGGAGCAGAAGUGUCAGAGCCGUUUUGUAAGCAAGGACGGCCACUGCAAUGUGCAGUUUAUCAACAUGAGCGAAAAAGGCCAGCGUUACCUGGCAGAUAUCUUCACCACCUGCGUUGACGUUCGCUGGCGCUGGAUGUUUCUCAUAUUCUGCCUGUCUUUCCUUUUGUCGUGGCUGUUUUUUGGACUUGUCUUCUGGGUCGUGGCGCUGAUUUACGGGGACUUGGAGAACGAGACUCAGUUAUGCGUUUCCAACGUGGACAGCUUCACGGCUGCCUUUUUGUUUUCAGUCGAGACCCAAACCACAAUCGGGUACGGCUACCGCUACGUGACAGAGGAGUGCCCCAUCGCUGUUUUCAUGGUGGUGUUUCAAAGCAUUGUGGGCUGCAUUAUUGACGCUUUUAUUAUCGGCGCCGUCAUGGCCAAGAUGGCAAAGCCCAAGAAGAGGAAUGAGACUCUGGUGUUCAGCCACUUUGCCACAGUAGCAAUGAGGGACGGUAAGCUUUGCCUAAUGUGGCGGGUGGGAAACCUGAGGAAAAGUCACUUGGUCGAGGCUCACGUCAGGGCCCAGCUCCUCAAGUCCCGCACCACGGUGGAGGGAGAGUUCAUCCCUCUGGAUCAGGUAGACAUAGAUGUCGGCUUUGACAGUGGGAUCGACAGAAUCUUCCUCGUGUCUCCAAUCACCAUCGUCCAUGAGAUUGACGAGGACAGCCCUUUCUACGAAAUGAGCAAGCAGGAGCUGGAGACCUCGGAGUUCGAGAUUGUUGUGAUUCUUGAGGGCAUGGUGGAGGCCACCGCCAUGACGACGCAGUGCAGGAGCUCCUACGUGGCCGGGGAGAUCCUCUGGGGCCAUCGCUUCGAGCCGGUGCUCUUUGAAGAGAAGAACUACUACAAAGUAGACUACUCUCGAUUCGAGAACACCUACGAGGUGCCCAGCACUCCCAUCUGUAGCGCCAGGGAGCUGGCUGAGAAGAAGUCCAACGCCUCCAGCCUGAGGAACUCCUUUUGUUACGAGAAUGAAGUGGCUCUCGAGAAGGUUGAGAUGGAGGAGGAGUUUGAGGAGGACAGCAGCAGGUUGAUGAGGGACGUUGAGGUUAGUGCUCUCGAGGACAUAACCACAGAUUCGGUUUCAAGCGUGGAAUGCAACCUGGACUCUUUGGCUUUAGAAGCAAGGCCUUUAACGGCAGAAUCAGAAAUAUGACUGAAAGGUGUAUUAAAUGGCCGUUAACAUUAACCUGGUUGGUGUUUGUAAGGAUUGUGCAGAAGCAAAGGGUGCACAAAACACCAAAUAUACACUUGUUAAUAUAAUUUAUGGUGACACUGCUUGCAUGGAUUGCAUUAUAAAAUGGGUUACAUGCCAUCACGCACAUACAGUGCAGCAUGUUUCUAAUAACGGAAUAUAAUUUAAAAUAUUUUAGUGAUAAACUAAGUUCCGUUUGGUUAUUUACAUAUUUUCGUUUUUUGCACAUUUUGCGUUAAGCGUCUUGAACUUAACAUGUUUUGGUUGUUUUAUAACUGUCGCAUGAGGUUGUGUAGUUCCAAAUUAAAAUAAAGGUUUGAAAAUAGUUUUAAAAGCAUUUUUAAAACUUGUAUUUAAAGGCUAUUAAGUUAAAUUACCAACACAGAAAUGGGGCUAUGAUUGUUAAUGAGCUGGUCUCUUAGCAAAAUCUUCCAGUAUUCGUAAAUGUGUUAGUUUUAUGUUUUAAAAAUAAUAAUUGAAAAAAAAGUAGGAUCUGCAGAACUUCUGAGCACACUACUCUCCUCAACCUAUCAUCUUGUCCAUGUGCAGAAUCUUUUGCAACGUGUGCCUUAACAAAAGUUCCAGUCCCCGUAGAGGAACUUAGCUUGUUUGGCUUUGAUGGAGCACACACUGCAUUAGAUCUCACAGAGUGAAGACGCAUGAAGACAUGACUCAUUGUUGCAGAUUUCUGCCACUUCGUAAAGGUUUUUGUGUUUCAAUGUGCAAUACUGUCAGGUGUUAGGAAGACACGCGAGGCCCGAUAGCGAGCCGAGGCAAUGAAUGUUAAAAGAGCAGUGCUGCUAAGUUACAUGUAGACAGAAAUGUCAGAGCCAAAUUGUAUUAUUGUUGCUUUCAGGAUGCAGAUUGCACAUUAGCGUUCUAUCUAGCUGUAGACGAGCAUGGUUAUGUGGAGCGUGUUUUCUAAAGCUUAGGUGCACUUUUUUUCUCCUCAGUGGAAACGUCUUCCCCAAAGAAAAGCAUAAAAGUGCUUUGCUACCCCAAGCUAGGCUUGUACGUAUAUACUAUACGUUAAAUAUAAAACCAUAUUUCUUUCCUCAUCUAGCAAUGGUUGACAGAUGGAGUGAAGGAUUAUUGGAACUGAUUUUACCACAGUUUACUCUGUAUACACAUCUGUGUUUUUGACAUGUGAGAUAGGCAGACGUCCUAGUUACACUGCCUUCCAAAAGUAUUUAUACCUUCUGAAGUUUUUUUUAGAAUUUGUACCAUUACUGUUUGUCCCAGCCUUCAAAAUAUUUUGCGGAGUUUUAUGUUAUAGACCAACACAAGCGGUGCAUAAAUGUGAAAUAAAAAUGUAAAAUGUAUGGCACCCAUUACUCUUUAAAGGUAUGUUUCCACCAUCGUUAUACGUCCACAGCAGGGGCGUAGCUAUGGUUGGGCCUAGAUGGGCUUAAGCCCACCCACUUUGAAUCAGGGCCCACCCAAUGAAGUCACUUUCCUUUAAAAAAAAAUGUGUGCUUGUCCCAAAUAUGAAAACAAUAAGCUUCACUUUUAAGUUCUCAGUAAAACAACGACACAGAGGAAGUCAUGCGCCUAAACCUGAAGCAUGAGUCCAACCAUUUUCCCCUUUUUAACUGUUAACUGUAAUAAUGUGUUUAAUAAAAGAAAAGAAAAUAUCAGAAGUUUUGCAUUCAUUAAGAAAACGGUUUCAUUUGUCCUAGGCGUCUGGAUCAAUGAUGCGACGGCAGCCGUUACUUAGAGACAUUGCGUUCAGAAACGGAAGCAAUGACUUUGACAGACUGCCACAGUUUAAAUGAUCCAGAAGGUACUCUGCCGUGUUCGUGGCUCUAAAUCAUCUUAUAGUCGACUAUUUAUUUCCGCUGUCAAUUCAAGGAUGUUCACUUGAACAGAGAAUGUCUUUUCUCCUUCUCCUCGGCCUGUAUCUUCUCCAUAGAAACUUACAAACGUGCAACUUAGAAAUAAACUUACUUAUAGCUAGAAUUAUUUGGCCCACCCAUUUUUUUUUUAAUAGGCCUGGCCAAAAAGCAAUUUCUGGCUAUGCCAUUGCUCCACAGAUUAAACUGUUUGCCCAUUCUCUAAUUCCAAAUGACUUAAACAUUGUGAGAUCGGAUGGAGAGCAUCUCCAAACGCUGAUUUUCCGUUAUUGCCACAGCUUUUCCAUUGGAUUUCAGCUGCAUUUAGGUCUGGACUUUGACGGGGAAUUAAACCAUUGAUUCAAAUCAUUUUAUUGUUCUCCGGUGAUAUGUCUGUAGCAUGAUAGACCUGAAAGGCGAAGUUCUAUUCUAGUCUCAAACCUUUUUAUGCCUUGAACUGCUUUGACUUCAGACGUUGUCUUCAUUCUUGCUCCAUCCAUUUUCCAUCAGUGCUGAGCAGCUCCUUUGUCGUUGUAGAAAUAAAUCUUCCACGCAGCAUGACGUUACUGGGAUGUUCAGGGUGACGUGCAACAUUGUUUUCUGCCAUGUGUGGCAUUGUUCACGUAGGGAAAAAAGUUACAUUUUGGUCUCAUCAGACCAAAGCACCUUCACUUACAUACGUCCCUGACAUGGAGACUCAGCAAAGACACCUAAUGAAAGAGCAGCAGAGACCAAAUUGAUCACUGGGUCUUUGCAGCUCCUCCAGAGUUACUAUGGCCAUCUGGGUCUCUGAUUAAUAAUCUCCUUGAAUAGCGUGUCACUUAAGGUACACUGGCGUAAAGAACGCUGAUGUCCUUCUUUUUCACAAUCAUAGACUGCUUUGUGUUGGUCUGUAAAAUCAAGUUCAAAUAAAGCACAUCAGAGGUUUGUGGUUGCAAGCUGACAAACAUUUAGGUGGUAUUAAUGCUUUUGCAAUGCACUGUAAAUCUUCUGAGUUCCGGUGAGGUCAUAGCAGAAAAGAUGAUUGCUUUGAUUGCCUGAAUACUAACAGAUAUUGCAGUCACAAUAAACAAAUAAAGAAUCCUGCAGGGAUGAAAUGCACACGUUUUAGUCUUACAGAAAGUUUAAUUAUAGUUGUCAUUGUGAGAGUCAACCUUGUGGAUGCCGGAACACUGUAGUGUUUCUGUUUUAGCUUUUUAUUUUUUUACUGUCUUCCCACUCUCCUGCAGAACUUAGACUGUACAGCUUUUUUUUAUCUUUUGUAAAUUAUAUUGCACUGUAUAGUGAUAAUGCAGUCAUUGAAAUCUAUUUAUGUCCUCGUUUUUUUUUCAAUAAAACACUAAAGCAAAUUCAUUAUGAUGUUGAUGCAUUAAUAAAAACAUGACUUCAUAAUGGUUA